AUGCCACGUUUAAUUGGUUUAACACUAGGCGGAGGAUUAUUAAUAUUUGCAUCGGUUUUAAGCGAUGCCUUUUUCGAAAGGCCCAGAAGAUCAUCAUCUCAUUUAAUAAACGAUUCUUUCGAUACUAAAAUAUCAUCUCCGUCAAAUUUAUUCGAUUAUAAAUACGGUUGGUCUUUUUUUGCUGCCGGUGCCGCUUUUUUCAUGUCGGAACUUGCUGCCGUUUUAAGCAUAUCCGCUUACAUAAGAAGAUUUCCGACCGUCGAAGAAAUGGUAAGAGUCACCGUGCCUGGAGCCGAAAGAAGACUAAAAGAACGUAAUGGUUUAGCUGGAGAAUAUUUAGUGGAACAUCAAAAUAAAUAUCAAAGACACGAACCAGACACUUCCGGUUCGAAAUGUUAUUCGAAAACGGAAAUAUUAACGAGUAAAUCUCAACACGACAACGAAGGAAUCGAAGGAAUCGAAAAUUCAAUACUUUUUACAAAACCCGCACCUGAUAUAUGCGCAUCGAAUUCAGGUAUGACACCGGAAGACGUGAUAACAUUUACGAAUCCCCCACUGGUAUCGUCUAGCAUAAUAAGCGCACAAGAAGGUACCUACUGUUUAAGAUCAUCCGAACCGCCAUAUUUACUAAACGAAUCAAACACUUUCGCGGUGGAUGGUAAUAGUAUUAUUAAGAAUUCAUCUCUCGCCGGACAAACGGUUCCGAUUGUUUUGAUGAACAGCAGCAGCAGCAGUAGCAACAACCACAACAAUAGAUUUUUAUCAUCAUCUCCUUCUUUCGUUUACGCACCACCACCAAUAAAUAAAAAAGAAAAAUUAAAUUAUAAAAAUUCAAUAACGGAAGAAAAUGGCGCGAGUUGUUGUUUGGGUAAAACCGAACUAAGACAACACGCCGUUAACACACUGCCUUCUAAACGUUUUCAUCGUCAUAAUUGUGUUAGACAACAGCAGACAACAACGGAAACGUCAUCACACAUCGAUAGAGAAUUAUUAACGGGUAAUCAAUUUAUUGAAGUAGAAGAUCGUAGGAUGCCACCACCGCCGAGAAGAUUCGAUUGCGGUUUGUCUCACAUGAGCCCAGAAUUAGAUACGUCAUCAUCAUCGAACGCCGCGUGUACCUAUUUCGAAACAUUUCACAGUGAUAAAUCAUUUAUACAACCGGGUAUAUUGAGGACUCCGUUAGACAUGCCGGGUACGUCGUCGACGACAUCGUCAAGUUCCGGUGGCACGAGUAGCGGAAUGACCGUUACAACCGGAAGUUCGAUAUCGAAUUCAUCGAGAAUGACAAAUUUUCAAACUUCAUCAUCGUCAUCAUCAUCAUCGGAAAAAAAGAAAAAAAAGGGCGUGACGAUAGGAAAUGUAUUUAGUACGUUGGACACGUUUGAAACAAACGCAAGUGAAAAUUUGGAUUUAUUCGAUAGCGGAAGUGCCGUUUGA